AUGAGAGCGGUUGUUGUUACUGGACGUGUGUUGCGGCUGGGGACGCGCCUGUGUCGCGCCAAAUCGGACGUACAGCGACCGCGAGAUGUCACCCCAUCAACAGCCGUUUUCGACGAGGUCACACAUACUGGCCAGGCAUGGGAUCAAGCGGAUUAUCGACUUGCAAGAUUUACAAUUGCACCGAAACAGGUGAAUCCAAAUGUUGCUCAGAAAUUGAUUGCUGAAGUGCCACCAAUCGAGACGGAAGAACGCACUGUUUUCUGUGAUGGUGGUCAUCCAGCACUGGGCCAUCCAAGAGUGUACAUUAAACUGGAUAAGCCAGGUAAUCAUGCAUGUGGUUACUGUGGACAACGCUUCGUAAAUACACAUUUUACGAAGGGUAGCGAUCGUGAUAUCAACCAUCUGGUAACGUAA